AAAUUUUCUACAUGUCAAACUUAAAACACAAAACAAAUGCAAAGUGAACCAAACAAGUAGUUCAAAAAUCGAAGGGAGAGACGAAGAACACGACGAUGUCCUUGGUCGAUAUAUAUAAUAUAUUUUUAUAUAUGUUUCUCUGUCCGAAGGUUCUCCGUAUCUUCUCUUCUCUUCUGUACUCACCAUCAUGGCAGGAGUAGUAGUUUUGCAUUGUUGGAAUGUUCCAAGCCUCUCCAGACCAGACAUACACUACUCUCUAUCUCUAAUCUCUGUAAUCUGUUUUUCUUGAAAUCUUGACUCAACCAUUCCCCGGAACAAACUCUCCCACUCCCCGGCGAUUCAGAUUCAGAGUCAGAAAUGGGUGACGCCGGCGGUCGUCGUGCUUGUUGUCAUGGUGACGGUGAGGGUGAGAAUCCUUCCAGGAGCUGUGCUCCAUGGAGUCGCCGAGACAUCAUUCUAGAUUUCACGCGCUUCUAGUGGACCGUCUCCACGCGGUUUUGCGGACCCCACUGCCCUUCCCUAACCCCACGGAUUUCUCGCCCUCGCCCUCGCCAUGGCGGCAAUGGCAUGGCAGGCCAGUCUCACCGCGCCUCCUCCGCCGACCAUCCAUGAAAAGCACCCCCUACCGACCAAUCGUCCUAUAAUAUUGAGAUUGAGCAAAGCCAAGUCCAUACUCAUAAGGUAAAAAACGUUUUCAGUUAUUAGCGUCGGAUUUGGAUGAUGCUGAAACACCACCGAAAGGGAUUGCCGGUUUGAAUUUCGCCGUUUCUAUCGUUUUGCACCCUUAGGGUUUGAUGUAUUCAAUCCUGUCAGCCAUUGAUUAUGCUUGGUUUUGUCCGUUAGCAAUUAAUUGAUUAGUUUUUCAAAAAUUAUUCCAUCAGACGAGACGACUGACAUACCGCCGCAUGUUGGUUUUCCUGCUUCCCGAAGAAACCGCCGCUGCUCUGGUCGUUGCCCCUGUGAUUCUCUCUUUCGCGAAUUUUCUUAAAGGAAGAAUAGUCGGAGGAUGUCGCAGAAACGGCAGCAACGCGACGAGGGCCCUUCUUCCGAUGAGAGGCGUCCCAGGAAGACUCCGUCGUUCAAAAGUGUCGUGCUCGAUGUAAUGAACCUGUGCAGGUUGCAAAAUCUCAUGGAGCCAAUUCUGGAGCCUUUCAUUCGUCGAGUUGUGAGAGAAGAAGUUGAUUCUGCAUUACAAAAAUACAUAAUCAGUAUGAAACGAAAUGCUGGGAAGGAUGCACACCCUUCCAAUUCUACGAACUUAAAGCUGCGAUUUUUGAAUGCUAUUUCUCUUCCAGUGUUUACCGGAACUCAUAUUGAAGCAGAAGGUUGCACCAGUAUAGAAGUUGCCUUAGUUGACAUGGUUAGUGAGGAAGUUACUUCCAAUGGUCCCGGAUCCUCUGCGAAGGUGGAGAUUGUGGUUCUUGAAGGAGAUUUUGAUGGCAAUGAGAACAGCGAUUGGACUUCUGAAGAGUUUGGAAAUAACAUAGUAAGGGAACGGGCAGGCAAGAAGCCCCUCCUCACUGGGGAUGCCGUUGUGACUCUUAAAGAUGGGACAGGUUGUUUUGGAGAGGUUCUGUUUACAGAUAAUUCAAGCUGGACAAGAAGCCGUAAAUUUAGGCUGGGGGCUAGAGUUUCAGACGAUAUUAAUGGCAUCAGAGUAAGAGAGGCUAUAUCAGAGCCUUUUGUCGUUAGGGAUCACCGUGGAGAGUUGUAUAAGAAGCACCAUCCUCCAGCCCUUUCUGACGAAGUAUGGCGACUGGAAAAAAUUGGCAAAGACGGAGCUUUUCACAAACGAUUGAGGAAUGAGAGUAUCACGACUGUGAAGGAUUUUCUGCUGCUGCUCUUCUUAGAUCCUGCUAGGCUUAGAAAGAUUCUUGGGAAUGGAAUGUCUGCUAAGAUGUGGGAUGUGACUAUGGAGCAUGCCCAGACUUGCACUCUCGACAAGAAACUGUAUUUAUAUCGCACCUUGGACACAAGCAAUGUGGUUUUCAAUGUUGUGGGACAAGUGAUCGGGAUUUACUCAAACGGCCACCUCAUCCCUACCAAUAAGCUGUCCGAACCAGAAAAGGUUUCAUCGUUUCAGGCUGACGCCCAUCAGAUGGUAAUCUCAGCAUUCGCAGAUCGGGCAAAUAUCAUCCCACUGGAUGACGAGACCUCCGUAAACAUGCUGAUCUCACCGACCAUAUCCUCCAUUGUCCGGUCAUCACCAAACUUGCCUUCUGAUUCCAGCCAAAAUCAUGCUUUCGACUCCAUGAUCAGCUCAUCCACUUCCACACCAGAUUACAUGGAUUCGGUGUAUUCUGUCGGAGGCUUGAACAGCUUUGACGAGUGCUUCAAAGCCAUCAAUCCAAUGGAGAUGAGAUACGAUCACCCUGUGACAUACCCAGGACAAGCAGACAUGAACCUAAUUUGCGACACAAGUGCCAUGGAUCGAGCAUUCUGUUCAAACGAGCAUCUGCAGUACUUCAAUACAGACUGUGCUAUACAAAGUUCUCAAAGCGGAUGGAAUGUUCUCCUUAGUGUUUUGAGAUGGUGGUUCUCGAUUAAAAGAAUCGUGGCUGUGGCGAAGAAGUCUCGGCUUGCAGAAAUGUCGAGAUACUGUCAAUAAAGCCGGAAACAGAUCCCUCUCCUCCUGUCUUGCAUUUUCGAAAAAACAUUGUGCAGCAAGAUUAAAAUGGAAGCCCAAAUUUCGAUUCAAAAUCGCUCUGGCUUCGUUAGAGGUCCUAUCGACAGAUGUCUCUUCUCUUCUUCCACAAAAACUUGGAAGACGUUUCUUGAAUCCUUGAUUUUCCACAGAGGUACGUUUUUUAUUUUAUCUAGAUGGCCUUUGAUUGGUACUACUCAACAAUUUCGUUGGUUGAUGUUUUAUAGAAGUGAGCUGCUGGACAAUUUUUUUGAAUUUCAUUGGUUGAUGUUUUAGCGUUGAGAUAUGCUGGGUAAUUUUUAUGAAUUUCUUCUUGCUCGAUGCUCCUUUAAUGACGUCUGCUCUUCAGUUUUGGUUUUGGAUUUACUUUUGAGGCCAUUUCUUGUGUGGAUUGUUUGAGUUUUUUCAAUUUAGAGUCACCUCAGUGCGUUAAUUUGUAUGUUUGUUUGCGAAGAAAUUCUUGGAGAAGUCUUUUUUUUGGAGAUACUUGUGGAUAAUCUUGACAGGUUGUAAAUGAAGGUGUUUGUGGAAUUGUGUGAUUAUGAUUCUUCCUAUGUUUGUUUGUGUAAUAAACAAUUGUUUGAUUAUUGAUUUUAGGUUUAAUUUCU